AUGCCGACUACUGUCUACAUACAAAUGUACAUCGAAGGAAUGUCUUCAUUUCGAGCACAGAGCAUGGAUUUUCAAGUGGAUAUCUACUUCCAAGAAAAAUGGGUUGAUAGACGGUUAGCGCACAAUAAUACAAAGCGAAUUUUGGUAAAGGAUCCACACCUAUUUAAACUGAUCUGGCAUCCAGAUAUUUAUUUCGCAAAUGCUCGCACUGCAGCCUUUCACGACGUGACUCAGCCAAACUUCCUCUUGUGGGUCUACCCAAAUGACGCGUACGAUAGCGACGAGAUUGUGGUGAAAUGGAACGGACCGAAUCCGGUUGAUGUGAAUCCAGAGAUUCGGAUGCCUGACAUGCGAUUGCGUUACAUUCUUCCUUCAUUACGGAAUGAUACUUACGCGACAGGUAUCUGGUCCUGCGCUUUGGCAGAAUUCCAUGUUGAUCGUGAAAUUAUGCACCACAUCAUACAAUCCUAUCUCCCAACCUCGCUCAUCGUUGUAAUCUCGUGGUUCUCAUUUUGGCUUGAUGUCGAAGCAGUUCCAGGACGGGUCUCUCUAUCAAUAACAACCCUGCUGACUUUAGCAACACAAAGCAGCGCAGCAAGGAUGGCACUGCCGCAGGCUUCUUACGUAAAGGCCAUAGACGUGUGGAUGGGUGCGUGCAUGACAUUCGUUUUCUCGGCCAUGAUAGAAUUUACUGUAGUGAACUAUUGCACUCGUCGAAAAUCGCGAAAACGCCCAAAACCGACGCCGAGUCUGUCGGAGCAAGUGCAAAAUUUGAUCGCGCAGUACAAGGAGAAGAAAGCUGGAUCAAAUACUUCUGUGUAUGAGUUGAUGAGAAGCAUUCAACACACUACUGUUGGAUACGUAACUCAGCAACUCCAGUACCAGAACGGCACUUGCUACGAAGUAACGCUGUGCGAUGAAAGUGCUCAAGAAAACUUCGCGAAAAAACAAAUUCGAGAGAUGAACCAACCGCCGACACUACAGAGACAAAAUUUCUUGACGGGGAGAAAACGGAAGGCGAUGGAAGAGAGGAUGAAUCGAGUGGAAGAAAACCGCAAAUAUGCUCAAUCGAUUGAUCGACGUAGCCGCUUCUAUUUUCCCAUUGCAUUUGUAAUAUUCAACAUCUGCUACUGGGUCUAUUACCUCAAAUUCGCGAAAGAUACAAUUGGAUAG